AUGGCGAAUGUGGCAAACUUCAAUUUUUCACUGGGAAAUCUAACUGGCACAGGAGAAUGCGGGGUCCUGGAGUGCAAGAAAAAGUGGCUAGAGAAGGUGCCCAGCAGCGGGUCCAUCAAGUCCACGGACGUCGAGUGUCUGGAGAAGCUGCAGGAACUGGCCGAGGCGGAGCUGUGCAUGAAAAGACAGAUCGCUGAUUUAGAGGGUCGAGAGGAGGCUUAUAUGAGGACACUCCAGCAAGCGGACGAGCUCUGGUGCAAGUUGGAGGGCGACGCUGCCAGCACUGUGAGUGUCUUGCAAGAACAGCUGGAGAUGAAAACAGCGGCGAAUCAACAGAUGGCCGGUCGUAUCUGCGAGCUGGAGGACGAGCUGGAGAAGCUGAGAUCGAGGAUGGCUACCUGCAGGACUGAGCUGGAGAAGUACAUGAGCAUUGGAAAGAUCGAGGCUCUGAUUGGCAGGGACGAUGACUUCGCUGACGUCACUGACAAAGGAGCCACGGUUGGUGUAGUGACGCAGGACACCAUGAUGCUGGCUAAACCUGAGAUGGGCGAGGCUGGCCUGGGCAUACACCCUGAAGAUCUUGCGGUCGAAAGGGAGAAAUUGUUGGAAGCCAAGGAACUACUAGCACAGCUAGGUUCCUUGUCCGAGUUGGACGAUGAGGGAAGCUUUUGCUUCACGAACUUCGACUGCAACGACUUGGGGCUCACGGAAACAGGGCUGACCGAGGAGGAAAGGAUAGCUCUGGAGGAAAAUCGCGUUACCGCCAGGGAACUUCUGGAGAAAUAUGAUUUUCCGGGUGGGACGAGGACUGUGAAACAGGAGAGGAUAGAGUAUCGAAUGGCCGUGAAGACAAAGGUGUCCAAGGAAGUUACUGUACCUUCGACGAAAGAAGUGUCCAGUGUAUCGACGACAGAGGAGCUUGAGGAGGAAUUUCAGAGGGAAAUUCAGUAUGAGGGGAAGGUAACUGGGGAAGUGUACGAUACGGAGGUUGGGGAUGUAGCGCCUGCUGCAACGGACAAGGGAGAUGGCUUAGUGCCGCUGGAUGAACUGCUAUCGUGGCAGAACUAUGUGCAUUCAAUUCGAUUGAAAAUAGCGACAAAAAUUAAAAUGGAAGUUGAAAAGGAAGACAAAACGAAACUCGGGGAUGAAGCACCAAUAAAAACUGAAGCGGAAGACGAAAUGGGAGAAGUGAUCAAGUCAGAAGGUGAAGCGAUAUUUGAUCCUGAGAAACAUGUAAAGGCCGAAAUCAUAGAAGAUGAGGUGAAAGUGGAGGAGAAGGAGGAGAUGGCGACAUUAGCAGAAGACCUUGAAUUCCUUAAGAUCAAAAAAGAGGAAGAACUAGACUUCGAAACAGCGAUAACAGAACAUAAAGCACCAGUAUUAAGAUCACCUGAGGAGGUACUACAACAAGUUCCUGAAGAACAUACUCAAGUGACACCGGAGAAACCACUUCCGGCAGAUGAAGCUCUAAGAGAUUAUGAGAAAGUGGUACCUGCAGAGGUACGUCGACGAGAAGAUGAAGUAGAAGCACCAUAUACGGACGUCGAGGACUACAAGGAGGAAAUGCCAAGAGAAAUUCGUGAUAAAGAAGGUCCAACACUUGCUCCAAAAGUUACGGAUGAUUCAGUCAAAGCUGAACGAGUGGCAGUGAGUAAGGAGAAAAGAGUUGCUGAAAAGCAAAAGUUGAAGGUUGAAGAUGAAGAACUACCCAUGAAAGAAGAGAAGGCACGUGUGGAAAAAUUGCAGGAAGGAGCAACUGAAAAAGUUCAUGAACCAAAGACGGUAAAAGCAGAAGAAGGAGAAGUAACAGUAAAGAAAGAAAGAGCAGAGGUGACAAAAGAAAUGGAAGAAAAGAUUCCGGUACCGAAAGAAGAAAAAGCAGAGUUGACUAAAGAGAAAGAAGAAAAGAUUCUAGUACCAAAGAAAGAAAGAGCAGAGGUCACUGAAGAGGAAGACAAAGGGGCUCCAGUACCGAAAACAGAAAAAGUAGAGGUGAUUGAAGAAAAAGAAGAAAAGGCUCUCGUACCGAAAACAGAAAAAGUAGAGGUGAUUGAAAAAGGGGAAGGAAAGGCUCCAGUAGAGAAAAAAGAAAAAGCAGAGGUGCCUGAAGAAAAAGAAGAAAAGGUUCCAGCACCAAAAGAAGAAAAGGCGGAGGUACUAAGAGAAAGUGAAUCAAUUCCAAAAACAGAAGAAAAACGUCCAGAAAAGAAAGAAAUUGAAGACAUGCCGGAAGUGAAGGAUGCUAAGGAAAAACAGAAAGAAAAAGAAGUUGAGAAAGACGCAGAAACUCUAGUAGAGGCAGAUCCAGUCAAAGAUAAAGUAAAACUUGAAGAAGUGGAACCAGUUGGGGAGGAAGUUGAAGUAGAAAUUAUACCAGUAGAAGAAGAAGUUGAAGGAGAAAUUAUACCAGGAGAAGGAAAAGUUGAAGUAGAAAUUAUACCAGCAGAAGAAAAAGUUGAAGUAGAAAUUAUACCAGCAGAAGGAAAAGUUGAAGUAGAAAUUAUACCAGAAGAAGAAGAAGUAAAACUAAUACCAGUGGAAGACGCAGGGGAGGAUACAGUACAGAUAGUCCCAAUAGAAGAGGAGGUAGUACCCGUGAAAAAAGAAGUAAUAGUUCAUGUAGAACCACUAGAGGAAGAAAAAAUGGAUGUAGAUGUAGAAGAAACAAUAGAUCAGGAUGUACCAACAAUAGAGAAAGUAAAGGUGGAGGUAGAGGUAAUAGGAUUACCAAAAGAAGUAGAAGUGGAAAUUAAAAAAGAAGAAUUCGACGUCCCUGUAGAAAUGAAAGAAGAACCAGAGGAGUUGGAACUUGGUAUAGAAGAAGAAUGUAAACCACUCCUUCAACUGAAGAACAUCUCUCUUGUAAAUGUGAAGAAACCACUCCUUCAGGUAAAGAACUCUCUUGUAAAUGUGAAGAAACCACUCCUUCAAGUGAAGAACUCUCUUGUAAAUGUGAAGAAACCACUCCUUCAAGUGAAGAAGAACUCUCUUGUAAAUGUGAAGAAACCAGUCCUUCAGGUGAAGAAUUCCCUUGUAAAUGUGAAGAAACCAGUCCUUCAGGUGAAGAAUUCCCUUGAGGCAUCAAUGAAGAUGGAGAUCACCCAAACGGAGAUCACCCAAAUAGAAAUCAGUAAAACCACCAUCCAAGCGAUAACCCAAACGGUAGCCGACGUAGGUAUGCAAACGCAGCCAACUCCAAGAAUGGUUCCACGUCCCCGUCAGCCCAAGAUCGUCGUCGGCAAAAGCUUCGAUCCCGAACCGGAGAUCCUGGAGCGCCUGACUCGGUGGAAGAAGUCGCAAGAGACAUCAAGGAUCACGAGCACCGCGGCUACAUCUCAGACAGAGAAAUCAAGCAUCCUUCGAAUCCUGCAGGACCUGAAGUCCAGCGCAGUCUACUCGAAGUUCACAGCUGAAGAAGAACUGAGAUCGAUUCAUUAUGGCAAAAAGUUCGGUAACUUUGGAGUGAACGCACGAUGCGAUUGCUGUCUGUGUGGGAAAAUGGUGUCGGAUGUUGUGCCGGAUCAGAAGGUGCCAUUAGGGGGUCAGACAUCGUCCGUGAUGAAGCUCCUGCAGGCUUUGCCUCUAUUGGACAAGCAGGCACCUGGAAGUGACCAGGCGGUGCAGUACAAAUCCGUUUGCACGGAAUGCAGGACGUCGUGGCAUCAGCAGUCCACAGGGGCCAACGACCUAGCAAGACAGAAGCCAAAAGUCCCUCAGACCCAAACUCGCGAUCAGGAGGUAUAUGCUUGUGGGACACCCAGAAGGAGAACGCCUGUCUCCAAAAUUAAGCAGAGGUCCGAUCAAAGCUGCAUGGCGAAGAUCAAGGUUGAGAAGACAGUUCUGAGGCAACAGAUGCAGAAUGUCAAUCCGUGCAUAUAUCAGCAGGGGACUGAGGUUGAACCAAAGAAAGAGGACAAAGGGGAUAAAGCUGAGGAUAAGGACUCGAUAGACUGCAUCUGCACAACGGUGGAGAACGAUUCGACGGCAUCGAGGAAAGUGCGCUGCGCCUGCGGAGAUCCUGAUUGA